UAGGCCUAAGAGCAGGGAGUUUUCUCGCCAGCGGGAGGUUAAUAUGGCCUACUGGGACUCAUUUAGGGCGUGGAUCGCCUUGUACACGGCCCUUUAUUGCAGGGACGAUGUAUUAUGCUGGUACAAGUGUUGUGGGCGGGCUGUGGCGAGGCGUGCGUGGGCGUGCAGGCAGCCAACCUAGGCCUAUGAGGGAGGGAGGGUCAGGUCCGCCAUGAUAGUGCUGUUGCUAGGCUGGUAGGCCUACCAGCGCCGCUUCUUGCUUUUUGUGGGCCAUUGCAAGCACGCCGCAGCGCCUCCCCGCCGCUUGCUGGGGCCUGGCUAUGGCCCUUGCCACACGCGGGCUGCCCAGGCCUACUCCACAGACUAAAGCUUCAUCAUGGAGGCGCUGUCCGACGGGGGUGUGCUGGGGGGAGAGUCCCAGAUUAUUAGCCUCAUUGGUGGUGACGAGCUCAGUCUGGUGGAGGCGUCAAUGCUUCAAGGAGACCCAAGCGUUGGUGUCAUGAUGGAGUUGGUGGGCGGCACGGACAGCGAUGACGAGGCUCUCUCCGCGGCCUUCUCCACCACCUUCUCCACCACCACUACCUCCCCCUCCCUCCGUCAGCUUGCACCUUCCUCCUCCAUAGCCUCCUCCAUCACAUCCUACUCUGUUACCUCCUCCUCGCCUCCCCCUUCCUUUGCCAGCCUCAUAUCCUCUCAGGUGGAUCGUGGUGGUGGAGGAGGUGGUGGUGGUGGUGUGGUAGGGACGGUGGUGGAGCUCCCCGGACACCAGAACCCCAUACCAACACCUCUCCUGUUGUCGCAUCCCCACCACCACCACCUCCAUCAUCACCACCACCACCACCACCACCAGUCACAACAGCAACAGCAACAACAACAACAACAACAACAACAACAACAACAGCAGCACUCCUCCUCCCCACACAUUCCACUCCCCAUGCACAUCCCCCUCCAGCACAUCCCCAGGUCACAGCCUCCCCAGCAGACCUUCUUCCAGCCUGAUCAGACCACUCUCUCCCCGGGGCGCUCCCAGGGCAGCACAUACGCGGCAGGGGGCGGCGGGGGCAUAGGCGGGGCGGGGGAGAGCAGCGGGUUCGUCCCAUACCUCUCCCCGACAGCCCUCCAGCCUUCACCCCACCAAGCCUUCCUGCCCCAAGUCAAGUCUGAGCCGCCCCACGGGGAACAGACGCCCUACCUCACCCCCGCCCUCAAGGCAGAGCCGCAAGACGAGUUCCUGGAACCCUUGGAGACGCACCUGGAGCCCCCGCACACCCCCACACCCGCUCUGCCCCUCGUCUUCACCCCACAGAAUGUUGUCGUCGGUCGUGGCACCCCUGGGGGACUAUCGUACACCCCACAUCACGGCCCACCGCCCACGCCUUCCCCCGGGGGCAUGUCGAGCCUAGAGGGGAAUGGGGGUGGUGGUGGGGGCAGCGGUGGUGGUGGUCAGGCCCCGUCCCCUUCGUCGCAGUACCUCUAUGCACCUCCACACACGCCACAGACACCACACACCAAUUCUCCGUACCUGCUGGAACUGGCACCUCUCCCGUCUCGCUCGUCCCAGCAACAGCAACAGCAGCAGCAGCAUCCACACCACCAUCACCAACACCACCACACUCACCACCAACAGCAGCAACCACCACCACAGCAGCACCUCUCGCUCUCACCACCUUCGUCACACGCCAACGCCCUCAGCUCGAAUUUUGUGGGCGGCGGUCUUACGGGUUAUUACGAGUCGCCGCAGCCCUCGCAUCCACAGCAGCCACCACAGCCGCCUCCUCAGCCACAGUCACAGCUACCUCAGGAGGAUGUGCGGCAGACAGUGACGGGGACGCACCACAUGUUGUACCUCCCUGCCUCGCAACACGCACUCAAGACACGGCUAAAGAUGACCCGCAAAAAAUCUUCCUCGAGUCCCGGACCACUGACUGAGGAUGACCUGAGCCCCGGCAAGCAGGACGCCACUGACCAGGCGAGCAACGACUCCGACGAUGAUAACCUGGUCAUCGAUACCGGCAGUACUGGCGGGGAAGGGUUCGAGUGCGGGGAGUGUCGCAUGGUGUGUCGUACGAGGGGCAGCCUUCGCAAGCACCUCACCACAGAGCACCUCUCGGAUGAGCCUGAGCCAGCGGAGACCAUCCCUAAGCAAUACCUGUGCACCACGCCUCUCUGCCACUUCACAACGACCAAGCGAGACACGUACGACUUCCACAUCGCCAGCCACAUCGCGGAGGGCUGGACCCCUACCGGCAAGAAACGGCAGAACAAGAAUCCGCUGCAGAGGCAUAGGUACAACAAGGAGGAGCUCACGUGUCCACUGUGUGAGUACGCAUGCACCGUGGAGAAGGCUUUCCGGCGCCACCUCAAGGCACAUGAAGGUGGCUACGGGCCGGUGUCCAAGAUAUCCUGCUGCAUCUGUGGCAAGGACCGACCCAGUGAAGCAGAGAUGAAAAAGCAUAUGAAGAAGCAUCGCUGUGGCAAGUACUAUCGCUGUGACAUCUGCAAGUUCCAGACGGUGCAGCUCAAGAAGCUGAUCCAACACCGCCGGAUGCACACGGGUGAGAAACCGCACCUCUGCCCCUUCUGCCCCUACCGAGCCGCCCGCCGGGACAACCUCCGCUCACACGUCCGCCGCAUGCACAAGCGAGAGAACAUGUACGGCGACACCUUCACCCCACGACCUGUGCUUGUGGCCGAGGCGGAUUGCCAAGACCACAUCCACACGCUGCCCUCCGACCACAUCCCAGUCAGCCAGGUACAGGGGUCACAGCAGCCACAGCAGCCGCUCCCACCCCCUCAGCCACAGCAGCCAGUCCCCACCCCUCUCUCGGCCCUCUCGCAGCCCCCACCCCCCCAGGUCCAGGCCCCCGGGACGCUAUAACUCCCGGCCACGCACUAGCUUGUCUAAGGUUGGAUUGUUGUUGUUCGUAGCUCAAGUACGCGUGUCUGUUGGUGAGUGGUCCGAGCGCUUGCUGAUGCACCCCCCCCCCAAGGAAAGGUAUAGGGAGUUUGUGCGGUGUGUGUGUGUACGUGUGUGUGUGUGUGUGUGUGUGUGUGCGGCGUAGGCUAUCUUCAUCACUCCUGUGGUGGACGAUUUUUUGAGUUGAGGGAAGAUGGUGUUAGUUUCUGUUAUUCAAUUUAUUCUUUUUCAUAUUUUAUUUCACUGAACAUUUUUUAGUUCUGAGGAUAUUUUAAAACCGUUUUAGUUAAGGUAGUGGCUGACCCGUGCCCCAUGGUGUGGACAGUGUGGGGCGGCUCGCCAACCAGGGCUGGAGCGUGUUUCAGCGAGGGUCCCAAACAAUGCCCAUCACAAGGGUACAGCCUUGUCAGGACUGCCCUGGCAUGCCCUGUACCCUACUUCUUUGACCUCUGUUGACCUGUACUGAUCCACAGGGGCCAAAAGGAACAUGAGCAUUGAUUGUGACGCACGCCGACAUGCUGCUCCAUAGUUCAGCGUUGGCGUUGGAAAAACGGGAAAUAUUAUCUUGGGUUCGUAGAUCAGAGGAUGAGAGAAUUAGGGAAGCAAAAAGUAAACAUUUCCAUAGAAUUGUUAAAGCGUACUAUUGUAAUUAUUAUUAUUAUUAUCAUUAUUAUUAUUAUUAUUAUUAUUAUCAUCGUUUUAAGGAGAAUAUAAGCAGAUUUAUAUUGUUACGUUAAAAAGAAAGCAGUUUUUAUUUAGUUUUUCUCUUGAGCAAUUAAUUGAUUGUCUUUAGGAUAAGAAAACAAAUUAUUCGAUUUUGGUAAAAGUUAGUUGAGGAAAGGCGAGGCUCAUAGAGUCCUGUGGAACCGGUGGCGUGAGAGAGAGAGAGAGAGAGAGAGAGAGAGAGAGAGAGAGAGAAGGCAAAAUAGGAAUAGGAAAAAUACUUAAGGAAAUGUUAAAAAAAAAAAAAUGUAUGAGGGUAGACAGUAGACUGGACCGAGAGAGACGACACUGAAACUAGAGAGUGAGUGGACGGCAGAGACAAACUGGGAUGAAAUAGCACAGAAAAGCAUGAAGGUAGACAGAGGCUCAGCAGGGAACACACUAGCUUGUACACUGGCCAGAGGGGAAGAGGAGGGAGAGACCUUGCUUGGGAGAACACUGAAGGUGGAAAGUGAGGUCAACCAGCUUAUAGAAGGAUGAGGAGAAAUAGGUCAUUGAAAAACAGAUUAGAGUGAAUGAAAGAUCAGGGUAUAUAGGUCAGCGAGGAACAUAUUAGGGGUUAUACUAGGCAGAAAGAAAGGUUAGGGAAGGAGCUUGUAUGGGAGAACUUGAGGAAUGGGACAGCACAGAAGGGAGUGAGAGAGCCUAGGGAAGGUCGAGGAAUGGGACAGCACAGGGAGUCAACACUUAGAUCAGGGUACCUUUGAAGGGGCAGAAAGAAAGGUUAGGGAAAGAGCUUGGAUAGGGGAACUUGGAGAUCGCUGAGGGUAAGCACAGAAGGGAGUGAUGGGACAGCACAGGGAGACAACGCUUGUGAAGGGACGGCAUAAACCUCACUCUCCAAUCCCUCGCUGAUCAGAAACGAACGAAAAAGAUUUCUUAGUUUAAAAAGUUGGCGGAUUUACUUCAUUCAAGGUAUGCAUGUGUGUGUGUGUGUGUGUGUGUGUGUGUGUGUGAGAGAGGGCGGUUAGGUAGGCAUAGAGUGAACGGGAGCAAGCAAGCAGACAGGCAGGAGGCACUAGUGAUCCUACUGCUGGUCUGCUGUUACUGUUACUGCUCUCUGUGGCAUGAGGGGGUGCGUGAGGUGCCUGCUGACCAUGUGUUGUUGGCUGCUGCUGCUGCUGCUGCUUCGGGGCUCACUCAGGGUGCCGCCCAGAGCCACACUUUGCCUCAAUUCCUCAGUCCAGUGCAGUGGCUUCAACAGUGCUCAGAUUCAGUGGCUCUCCAUCCUUAUCUUCCAGGCCAAGAAAAUGCCUUCCCCAGUCAUCCAACCAAGUUAGUCUUCUCUGUGGCCUUGGAAACAGUCGUAGUGGGAUCCCAAAACGAUUCAAAAUAUGGACCAUUGUGUAUAAUUGUUAUGGAGAAGCUCACAGGCUGGAGGACACCUUUCAAGAAUUGUCUGUAGUCAGUGUUUUGGGGGAAAGCCUCUCUGGGCACAAACACAGCCACUGUGCCGGAGUGAGGAGUUGAGCCCAUGUCCUUGAUACUGUUACCAAUACUACUGCUAAGUGUCCCUGCGCUGGAGUGGACAGGAAGCGUCAGGCUGUCCCAUAAGCCUUCGUCAUUACCAUUAAUGUUAUCGUGACUUUUUUUUUCAUUAUCACAAGUAACAUUAAUAAUCAAGUCAUGGGCAAGGCAGGGCAGAGCUGGUGUGUGUGUGUGUGUGUGUGUGUGUGUGUGAGAGAGAGAGAGAGAGAGAGAGAGCACAUGCCAGGUCAGCCCGAAAGCCUUGCCCAUGCUGCAUCUACCUCAGGAUGAACAGUGUACAAGCCCAAGCCUCUUAGUAUAUGCUUUCUAUAAAUACCGCUCUAUACAAAUACUAUAUACAAAUACCACUAUUAUAUAUAUGACUUGAUAACCAUAUUUGCUCAGCCCAGUCAUUGUGUUGUUGUUGUUGCUGCUGCCGCCGCCUCAGAAGCCACACAUCUCAGGUCUCUUCAGGCACCGCGCAUGUGUGUGUCUUGACGAUCCAGUGUACCUCUAGCUCAGGAUGUAUUUAUCCAUUAAGUUUUACCAAUGUACAAACUACACCACAAGCAUGGUUACCCCUUAAGUAUCUCAGGAAUUUUGACUAGUACAAUGUUGACUGCCUAGUGAAGGGGAAGCUGGGAAGUGGAGGAGGAGGAGGAGGUGUCUUGUGUUGCCUCCUGUAUAGCACUCGCCACCCUCCCAGUAGCUGCCGCCCCGAGCCUGCAGCCCGGCACAGUGAUCGCCAAAGAUGACCCGAGCCUCAGCAACCAAACCAUUAUUCCUUCAGGCUUUGGCAGGAGGAAAAGAAUGCAAGCCAGUACUCUUUUUGCAACAUAAGUAAUGAUGCCAGAAAAUUGCUAUCACCACUGCCAAGGCACAAAGCUGUUGCCGUUGGGUGAGUCUUGUCUUGCCUCGCUGGGCCGGGCUGCAGUGAGGGGCGGCCAAGGGGAGGCGAAGGGGGCGCGGGGCUUCCUGUUAAGUCCCAUUGUAUAGUCGCCACAGCCCUGUAGCAGCUUCCUCCUCCUCCUUCCGCCCCGCAUUCCUUCCCCUAUGCCUGGAGGCGCCACAAACAGUGCCACAGGGGGACGUGUGGGAGCGAGUGGCUCUCCCACAGUUCAUCUCCUUUUUUUAUAAGAGUUAUUCGUUUGGUGGAAGCGGCAGCAGGGAUUGACUGGCCUCGGGUUGACUGCCGUGGCCUGGGUGGGGGCCGUACCACUCUCUACCUAACAGGGUGGAGUAAAUGGCCCGCUGGUUGUUGGUGGAGUGUCACACGGGCCAACCAGUGACAGCCGGGCCCACAGUCUUGCUGCCGCUGCCGCCAAACACUGGUCUCAGGUUAUAUGUAGAAUUGUAGUUGUUGUGUGCACAUCACCCACACUCACUCACCCACGGACUGACUCAUCAUGACCCACCACAGCCCCACCGCGACAAUUCCUGACCCCCUCCCCCUCCCUCCCCGACACUGGAGCACUGUGGUGGUGGUGGUGUUCCCAUGAAGGGCGGACACAUGAGGGGGUGAUCCUUUUAUUUUUUUAUUUUUUAUUUUUUUAUUUUUUUUACGUCUACGCCUAUAGCACCAGUAGGCUUGCUUGAGAGGCCUGGAUGGUAGUCGGCCCCAGCCCAUCAUGGCGCAGGCAAGUGUUUAUAGUGGCACCAUCUUGAUCCUGGUAGUGUUUUCAAGGGAGGCUGUCAGCACACCAUGGCCUGACUAGCUUAACGGCAGCAGUGGGAUGCAUGCUGCUAGAUGGAAUAGAUUAACUGAUUAGGGCGUGCAGCCAUGGCAACACAGCCCAUUAACCCGGUAGCAGCGACAGGCCAGAUUUGUGCCACGAUAUAACCCCCCAAAAAAGAUGAUACAUAAUCUGAUCAUAAAUGCUUUGAUUUAUAUUAUGAAAUGAUUUGUGUGAGGGGUGAUUUUUACUCAUUUUUCUCGCUUAGAGGGACCAUUAAGGAACAUGAUCCCCGCUGCUACCAGGUUAAGUUAUAAUUCAAGUUACUGUAUAUGAUUAUGAGUCACACAGCUCUACAAAUAUUCUGCCAUCAUGAAGACCACAGGAGUCGGGCUGGUAUAGCUUAUGUAUGAGUGACGUCACCACCCAGAAAUACUCCCUGCCGGAUCUCACUAUGUCCGCAUGGAAAAUUUUGCAGAAAAUGAGCUCUGGCAAGGCGAGGCGUACGUUAGCAAGUGUGAUCACCCCCAGAGUGUCGCGCCCUGACCCCUCACACCCUGACCAUUGCUUUCCGGCCCUGGUCUGUCCCCUUGCGAUGGACAAGUCAUAAGCCCCAGAAAUUUGAGGCUCUCCAUUUGGGUUCUAAAACGAAAACGUGAUUUGAUUUAAUAUCGAUGCAAGUUCUGCCGAAGGGAUUUUUUUAGAUAUUUUUGCUUUGAUGAAGAAGUAUAUUUCAUCCCCUCUGUUAGUCACGAGGGGUCACUGUCAUUCAUUUCGUCGAAGAGUUUGCCAGAAGUGUGUCGCUGGAACGUAGAGGCGUCACACAAUCGUCACUGGUCCCCCACAGAUCAACUACCUCAAUGUUCCGUACUCGCUGCCUGCCCGUAGGUGUUAACUUAGAAGACUGCUCGUAAUACUUUAACAAUUAUUAGUUUAUGUCAGUGAAUGAAUGCAAGAUGGAUCUGAUUUGACAGUGUGCUUCUUUAAUGGUCACCGAGUCACCGGGUUAUAGACUCACUCACUCACUACCUCACAACAGUUCAAAGUGUUCAGCUGACUCAUGAAGUUCUCAGCAGGAGUCUUUGUUAUUGCAUCUUGUCUUUAUUUGUUAGUUAUCUGAGUGCAGGGUCGCAUAGCAGUUACAGGCUAAUUCAUUCCAUGUCUGCCUCUAAGCCCUAGGGAGUAUUCCUCAGGACUUGUCUAGGGUAGGUUGUAUCAAGAGUCCUCAGUCGUGUGGAGGUGUGACGAUGCUUUACACUUAUUCACAGCCUUUCCUCUCCUCUGUUUCCUCCUCCUAACUCAGCAAAGGAAGAUAGAUUAUGUGUUUGUUUUUGUACACUAAACUGGCGCUCAUAUAAGCCUUGUGAUUUGCUUCCAGGGCUCAUUUGGGUCCUGAAAUGCUUUACACUUAUUCACAGCCUUUCCUCUCCUCUGUUUCCUCCUCUUAACAAAGGAAGAUAGAUAAUGUGUUUGUUUUUGUAUACUAAACUGGCACUCAUGUAAGCCUUGUGAUUUGUUUUCAUGGCUCAUUUGGGUCCUGAAAUGCUUUGCACUUAUUCACAGCCUUUCCUCUCCUCUGUUUCCUCCUCCUAACUCAACAAAGGAAGAUAGAUAAUGUGUUUGUUUUUGUACACUAAACUGACACUCAUGUAAGCCUUGUGAUUUGUUUCCAGGGCUCAUUUGGGUCCUGAAAUGCAUUACACUUAUUCACAGCCUUUCCUCUCCUCUGUUUCCUCCUC